UGAUCGGCGACUACAAUGGCCGGCUGUCUCAAAGUGUCGGCGCCAUGGAUAUGUCUGGCGGCGUCACAUAACAGCCACAGUGGAUUGAGAAUCGUGGCUGCUAUGGAUGCGUGAGAAUGCGGCGAAAUCGACGGUCCUCUCCUCUCGCUCAAGCACACCAUGACUGCAAUACUUGGAGGAUUCCGCAAGAUUCCGGACUUGGAAUCCCCCGAGGUGUCCUCGAAGCAUGACACGCCCGCAGACACCUCGUCCAGCGACAUCAAACCUACAUCAACCGACACACUUGCACAGACUGCAGUGCCCUCGAAAACGGCAUGGACGGACCUGCACGACCGAGCCAUGAAGCUUGCCGGGUCGCUGUCGGCUUGGUUUUGGCUCGAUAUGAGGGUCCUCAAAUGCGUCAUCACUUACACGGUCGCCACAGCUUUCGUGGUCUUCAACCCUUUCGGCUUGGAUAUGAGCACAUCCUUCUGCUUUCUGCCCUACACCAUUACCUUUGUCCACCCCGCACGGCCCCUUGGGGCAAUGGUUCGGGCCACCUACCAUGGAUUCCUUGGCCUGGCCUUUGGAACCUUCAUCUCGUCGUCGUUCCUGGUGCUGUCGGAGUACUUUUAUCAAUGGGGCCUGGAAUUGACGUGGAUAUCGAAAUGCAUUGGCCUGCUCUACUUGUUCGUCGUCAUCUUUUUCGUUGCACUGAUCAUCGCCAAGGCCCAAGGCGUGCUCUCGAUAUGGACAGGGUGUCGCUUUGCAUAUCUCCUGACCUUCAUCACCUGCACCCAAGUCACAAACGCAAGCCGUCGCGCGGUCCUGAGUCUGACCAUCCAGCGCGUAGCAGGAUCUCUGGCAAUCGGCAUAUCGAUCUGCGUCCUAUCAUCCUUUGUCCUGUGGCCGGUAACAGCUACCAGUGAGGCAGAGAAGCUUCUCGACAGUCUGAUCUUGAGCACCAAAGAGUUCUCCGAUCUCUGCCGGAAAAAGUACAGCCAGCUGAGGAGGUCUGGCGGCGAGAUCCAUCUGGUGGCGCUGGGCGACCUGGUUCGGCUCAAUCAGCGCACGCUGCUCAAGCUCGAGUCGAAAAAGGUCGAGGUGUACUUUGAACCGUUCUCGAAGAUUUUUCUGAGCUGGGGCUGCUACCGCAAUGUGUUUCAAAGACUGGAGCAGAUCAUACAGCAUAUGGGAAGCCUGAUGUCCAACCUUCGAGACAUGGAGGAUGAGGUGGGAAGCCACAAAGUCUUGCAGGACUACCAGGCGCUCCAGAACUGUCACAUCGAGGGGCUUCUCGAGUGCUGCAGCAACACCAUCGAAGAGCUCCGUUUGGAACUGCUGCAUGGCACCGGCAACAGCGGCUGCCCCGAUAAUGCCCACGGGACCGACAGCGCGAAUAAUCUUGAAGAAAUACUCAAAUCCUUUGAUAAGGAACAGAAGAGCGCCAUUGUUGAGCUCUUUGAAAAGCACGGCGAAGACGCCUUCUCGAUCUACCUCUUGUCUUCGAAGAUGGUCGAGUUUGCGCACGAAGUACUGGGUCUCUCAAAUGCCGUUAUGGAAGCUCGCUUGAGUGUCGUCAAGCUCCGCAGCCAAGGAUUUGGCCACUACAUCUACCGUCUAUUAGAGAGCGCUGCGGCAAUAGCCUCCCAGAGUGCUCGACAGGCAUUUAUACAUCCCAGUUCCAAGAAACAGUCGGCAGUGUCCCGACGACUGUCCGUCCACAUUGCCCAUGCUCGCCAACCUUCCUGGGUGCUGCUGAAUCUGACCCGAAUCCGACGCUUGUUCAAGGCAUUCAAUGUAUUCGAUCUAAAAUUUGCGCUCAAAACCGCACUCACAAUCACGGUGCUCGCCUCUCCAUCGUUCAUGGAUGUCUUCACAGCCCAGUACUAUGACUACAAACUCUACUGGGUCCUCACGGCAACCAUGGUGGUGCUGACUCCCUCCGUCGCCGCCUCGAGUAUCGCCAGCUUCAACUCGAUCGUCGGGACAGCGAUGGGAGCGCUCGGGGCAAUUGCGCUUUGGAAUCUGACCGAUGCGAAUCCCAUUACUAUUUGCUGUUUGACCCCAUUCCUGGUGACUUUCCCGUAUCACUUGUACUUGAAUACCUCCUACCAGCGAAUAGGUUCGAUGGCCAUGAUGACCUUCAGCAUCGUGUUUUUUCAAGUCUAUGUGUCGGCAGACAGCAACAGCGGCAGCACCGACUUUUCCAUCUAUAGCAUCGCCUAUCUCCGGGGUGUCUGCGUGGCAAUCGGUGUGGUCGUCGGUCUUGCAGUCUCAUGGGGAUUCUGGCCCUACAAAGCACAGACUCAGAUCCGCAACGUGCUCUCGGACGCCAUCUUCAACGUCAACAUCAUCUUUAUCCAGAACUGCAUCCUCUUUGGAUCACCAAGCGAGCUCAUGGAUAGCGCACGCACACCGGUCCAACUUGCCCGGGAUUUCCAUGACGUUGGGAUCAUGGUGCGGUUCAAGCUCACGCUCGCCGAGAAGCUGCUUACCGACGCGGACCUGGAGAAACAGUAUCUGCAACCUUUCCCCACCGAGAUAUACAGAAGCAUUGCAGCCUCAUGCGAUCGUAUCCUCAAUAAGUUCACGGCCAUGCGGCUCGAGAUCGAUGAGGACCAUCUCAAGUCUCUCAGGCGCGAUGCCGUGGCGCCGUUGGGGGAUACCAGGCAGGAGAUGAUCGGGCAGCUUCUGCUGUGCUUUCAUGUGCUCUCAGGAGCGAUGAUUCUGAAGGUGCCUCUACCGCCUCGCAUGCCACACAUCCGAGACUGCCGUGAGCAGAUCCUCGAGAUCAUGCGCAAGACGCGGUCGUUCGGCAGUCUGGACCGAGCCCGAGAAACCCGAAACAGCCACUUUUACUAUUACUAUGCCUACGUGCGGGAGCUUACAAGCAUCAUCAACGAGCUUCAGCUGCUGUGGGACCUGACCAAGCAUUUGUUUGGAGAGAUCGAUUACUGGAACGCGCCGUCCUCCGAGUGAGCAUCAGCGAGUGAAUCCUUUCCAGAGAAGCACCAGCUUCACUCCAGCCAUACUCGAUUCUCCCUUCUCUCAAU